CGACGAGAAACGAUCCGACGGAUGGGAAGGCGUGUGUGUCGGGCGAAAGCCGGAGAAACGCUGGAUUUUCGCUUUACAACCACAGAAGAAAGGACAGCGCUCUUCUUUCUUGUCACAUCUCUUCGUUCUCUCGAUUUAGAACCGCCCCCGAAAACCUUCUCCCCAGUGUGCGCCGUCCACGGGUGUCUGAUUUUUGCUGUUCCCUUCGCUGUCGAGGCGGGCUGGUCCUCUAAUCUCUGUGCACAGGCUUUCGUGCUUUUUCUGUCGCCUUCCUUGCGUUUUCUCGCCUUUCUCUGUUUGGAGUUCCGUAAUUCCCGUCAUAACCGCCACGCAUGCCCUUCCCCCUCUGCACAUGUAUCUCCUCGACGACUGCGAGAGUGUCUUGCUGCUGCUGCGGCUCGCUCUUUCCCCGUUUCUCCCGCGGCACUUUUCCAAAUCCGCCGUCAAAUCCGUCUCCUUUUCUUCCUCCCUCUCCGUCCACCUUUUCUUGUGUCUCGUUGGUCUGUCUUCGACUUUUCUGUCGGCCUUUUUGUGGCGCCGCUGCUGCUGUCCACCUGGCAGGCGCCUCCCUGUCGGCCCGUUUCUCUGUGUUUGCCGUUCCUGUUCCUCUCGUCUUUGAGCGUUUCUCCGUUUUUCGUUCCGCAAAAUGGGGCUCGAGGCUCUUCCUCACUGGUUCUCGAAUGUGCCUUGGCUGCAUGUGUAUCUGGGCUUCUCUGUCUCUGUCGAGUGCUUCGAGCAGUACCUGAAUGCGCGGCAACUGCGGCGCUACGACGAGGCGAAGCCUCCGGAAAAGCUGGCGCAUCUGGUCACGGAAGAGGAGUAUGCGAAGACCAACGCGUACAACAAGGACAAGAUGCGCUUCGGCAUCUUUUCUUCUCUGUUCCAGACCUCGAUCUCGCUCCUCUCCACGGCAUGCUUCCUCGGGCCUUUCCUGUGGCGGCUGGCGGGGAACCUGGUGGGGAAGAACAGCAACGAGUACUCCCAGUCGCUCGCCGAUCUGGCUCUCAGCGCCGUGAUCGGAGAGUGCAUCUCCACGCCCUUCCAGCUGUACGCGGACUUUGUUGUCGAGGAGAAACAUGGAUUCAACAAGAAAACGCUCGGCAUCUUCGUCAAAGAUAAACUCCUCAGUCUCGGUCUCACGGGUCUCAUCGGCGGUCCGCUUGCAUGCGCCGCCAUCUGGCUCAUCAAAUGGGGUGGAAAAUCUUUCUACCUCUGGCUCUGGGGCUUCUCUGUGGCCACAACAAUUGCCCUGAUGUUCGUUUACCCCAAUUUCAUUGCGCCGCUCUUCAACAAAUUCGAGCCACUCAAGGACGAAGAACUCCGCGGAAAAAUCUGCGAGUUGGCGAAGAAACUGGACUUCCCACUCACUCAACUGUAUGAGAUGGACAACUCGAAGCGGUCUGGCCAUAGCAACGCGUAUUUCUACGGUUUCUGGUGGUCGAAAAGAAUCGUCCUCUACGAUACGCUCCUCCACUUGCCUCACGACCAGAUUCUCGCGAUUCUUGGUCACGAGAUGGGGCACUGGAAGAGAAGUCACACGACCAAGAUGAUGGCGGCGACUUUCCUUCAGCUCUUCUGCACUUUCUAUCUCUUUGGCCUAGUGAUGACCAGCGACGCGCUCUUCGACAGCUUUGGAUACACAGACACCCGCGCUUCUGUCGUCGGUCUCAAGCUCUUCAGCAACAUCUUUCUCCCCGUCAAUACGUUGAUUUCUCUGCUGAUGACAAUGUACUCCCGCAAAAACGAGUUCGAAGCGGACGCAUUUGCUUGCGAACUGGGCUACAGCGAAUCUCUCAAGCAAGGCCUUAUCGCCAUUCACACAGAAAACAAAGCCUGCCUGGACCCAGACCCCUGGUUCUCCUUUUGGCACUACAGCCACCCGCCGCUGCUGGAGCGUCUGCGGGCGAUCGAAGCAAUCGAAGAGAAACAAUCGAAGAAGAAUUAGUUGCCUGAUAACGACAGGCGCAGGAUUUGUGCCCUGUGCAGCUUUCCCUCCAUUCUUUGUUUGAAAAGAAAAACCGACUGAAGCGACUUUCUUCGCAGUCUCUGAAAAACAGGAACAUCACUGUUUGAAUUCCUUGUUCCUGUCUCGGCCCAGACGUCAAAGACUCAAUUUAGUGCAUGCGGUCGCUGCAUACGCAGAGGCUCUGUCCAGAUGGAGACAGAAGCUGCUCGUGAGCAGACUUCUCCUGGCGAUGCUUUCUCGAACAUGCUUCCCCUAGAUCACAGUCUCGAUCUUCGCGCC